AUGAAGACAUCGACUCUGGUGGCCGCAUCCGCCGGCACGGUCCUGACGGGCCUUCUUGCCUACGCCAUCUACUUCGACCACAAGAGGCAGUCGGAUCCCGAGUUUCGGCGCGCCCUGAAGAAGGACAACCGACGACUUGCUCGGGCGGUCAAGGAGGAAGUUGAGGCUCAAGGCGCUCAGCAGCGAGAGACCAUCAAGGCUGUUGUCGAGCAGGCCAAGGAUGAGGGUUUCCCCACCGAUCUGGAGGAGAAGGAGGCCUACUUCAUGAGCCAGGUCGCCAAGGGAGAGUCUCUGUGCGCUGAAGGCUCCGACAACAUCGAGGCAGCCCUGGCCUUCUACAAGGCCCUCAAGGUCUACCCGCAGCCCAAGGACCUGAUCUCGAUAUACGACAAGACCGUCCCCAAGGAAGUCCUGGAGAUCUUGGCAGAGAUGGUCGCCCUGGACAGUGGCCUGAAGCUGGGCUCCUUCACGGGCGAAGGCCCCAGCGUGGAUGGACACGGCGUCGAAUAA